AUGCGAUCUGUCAUUCAUUUGCGAGUGGCGUUUGGCUUAUUGGCCAUUGGCUCUGCUGUCGCAAGCCCUUGCAAGCCUCCCUCAGUCACAACAACCUCUACUGUCACUUCUGCUACCAUAUCCACUACUGUCACUUCAGAUGCUUCCACCGAGGUAUCUGUGUCUACUUCCUUUGCAUCCACCACUGAAAAUGAAGGCGCCACUUCGUCCACGGUAGUUGAGUCCUCUACCGAGACAUUUGUCUAUUCCACCGAGACAUCUGCUUCAUCGGCUGAAACAUCGGAUGCGUCCAUCACCGUUGAGACGUCUACAGCCUCAGCCACCACGACUUACACUACCGAGGUUACAACUGCUGAGCCAACCACCACCGAUGUCACCACGACCAUCGCUGAGACAACGUCAUCCGCAGCUAUCCCUACCUUCACAAUGUUCGCUUCCGGCUCAAACGCCAUCGCAGGCAGAAGUCUCGAAACUUACAACCGCGACGGCACUGUGGCCGUAUUCGAUCCCGCCACCGAGGACGACAACCCCUCUGCCCGACCAUACUCCAUUGACUCUCAAGGCAGGAUCGUGAAUGAUCUGGGCUGGUUCCUUUGCGGGUACUACGGUGCGACGAACGAGGAACUUAACAGACCUGCGACGGUUGUGACCUGUCAUAGCGAGACUCCUCUGCAGAAAGCUUUCCUGACUUGCGAGUUAUCUGGCCCCUUUGGGAUCGAGUGCUCGGUCCCGGCCAUGUCUUGUGUCUCGAGUGGAUCUUCCAGUAUGGGUCCGACAUGUAUACCUACUGCAGGUACUUGGAGCUUGGCUUCUGUCGGUGUUCGGGCGUUUGGCCAUACCUGGCUGAUUGGAAGCAGUGAUACACCGGCUACUUAUGAACGUAUGACCAUGAGCAUCCGAGAGGUCUGA